AUGACAGAGGACAACUAUCGACCAAGAUCUCCCGACCUUUCUUCUCCCUCGAACCCCCCACCUCACGCGCCAUUGAGCCCGCUCGCCCAUCGCGCUUCCUACGACGCAUCGCCAUUUUUUAAUCAGCGCCCCAGCUCGAGUCGCGUAACCCAGCAGUACGUUCCACCUGACCAACCCGGCUUCAGCUUCGCAGACGAAAUGGCCCGUCGCUCAUCACGCCUACAGCCUGAGGACGCGCCCGUCCCCGAACCCACAAUGCCUGCAACUAUGCCUGUAGCGCCGAUCCCAGAUGAGACCCCACCAACGCGCCCCGGUGCGGGCAUUGAAGUCAAGACCAAAUUCCCCGUCGCGCGGAUCAAGCGCAUCAUGCAAGCGGAUGAAGAUGUCGGAAAGGUUGCCCAGGUGACUCCGAUCGCAGUGUCCAAAGCAUUGGAACUCUUUAUGAUAUCCUUGGUCACCAAGGCCGCCCAGGAAGCCAAAGACCGCAACUCGAAACGUGUUACCGCUAGCCACCUUAAGCAGGCUGUCGCCAAGGAUGAGGUGCUGGAUUUCCUCGCCGAUAUCAUUGCCAAGGUCCCUGAUCAACCGGCCGGCCGAAAACACGAGGAUGAUGGAAGUGAUCAAAACGAAGGCCGCCGGAAGCGCGGUGGACGCCGUCCCAAGGAGGAGAGUGACUGA